AUGGAAAAAGAAAUUGUGAAUAUUAAUAUCAAAGUGGCGUCGCAAAAAAACGUCGAAAAGAAAAAUCAGAAAUUAACUGGUUCAGAUUUAGUUUGGGCAAAGCAAAGAUAUUCCUGUUAUUGGCCUGCACGCAUUGUUGAUACACCACCUGAGAUGGGAAAAACUCCGAAAAAUAAUGUUUGUGUUUUGUUUUUUGGAACAAAACAAUUUGGUUUUGUGGAAGAAAAAAACAUCGAAAAUUACGUCACUUUUCGGGAGAAAUUCGUGAACAAAUGCCGGAAUAAUUCCAAUUUUCGUCGAGCUGUUGAUGAAAUGGACAAUUUUAUUUCUGAUCCACAAAAGUAUCGAUCGAAUGCCGUUGCACGUGUUAUUAAAAUAAAAACAGAAAAAGAAAUUGAACAACAUUUGGGUAUUAAAACUGAACGUAGUAGCAGUCAUG